AGAAAAAAAAAAAUUAAAUAAAUAACUUGCGUCUCUGCUGAGUCAUGCAUUGUACCUCACAAUAAUGGUAUCAAUAGUCCUGGCUGUCUACUUUGAACCCCACGGUUUAGACUGCGAUGGAUAAGAUGGAUCAGCCCGUGUCCUUGUUGUCAUCCUGAAGCUUUUUUUUUUUUUUUUAGUCCUAAAUCGGAGCUAGAGGAGUCAGCUGUCUGAGGCUGCGGAGUCUGUCCUACAUCUCGUCUUUAUGAUGAUCGCUGCGGCGUUUUUGGUGCUGUUAAAGCCGUACAGUAUUCAAUGUGUGCUGCUUUUACUGUUGCUUUUGCUCGGGACUAUUGCGACUAUUUUGUUUUUCUGCUGCUGGCAUCGCAGGCUUCGUAAUGGGAAACAUCCAAUAAAAUCCGUGCUGUCCGGACGCUCCAAGAGCCGCGUUGGCCUCCGAACGCAUCAUUUUCGAUCAGAGGGCUUCAGGCACAGUCCACGUCACGCUAGAAGGAGCAUACAUGCUCGAGUGACAGAGGAAAAGCCCAAACUGGUCGAGGUUCCUGAGAGUGAUCAGGAUUCAUCAUCGACUCUGAGAAAACGUAAAGUGAAGAAAAGAGUCCUGCCAGAAUUUUACCAAUCUGUACAAGUCACACCUACACGAAAGCCUAGCUCCAGCUCGGGGAACCCUUCCCUGCACUGCUCCAUGUCUUCCUCGGCGGAUUUUUCAGACGAUGAUGAUUACAGUGUUAAAUCUGGGUCGGCAUCACCGGCUCCCGGAGACACUUUACCCUGGAACCUCCCCAGACAUGAGCGAUCCAAGAGGAAAAUCCAGGGAGGAUCCAUACUGGAUCCAGCAGAGAGAGCCGUGCUCAGGAUCGCAGAUGAAAGAGACAGAGUGCAGAAGAAGACGUUUACAAAAUGGAUAAAUCAGCAUCUGAUGAAGGUACGGAAACAUAUAAAUGACCUGUACGAAGAUUUACGAGAUGGACAUAACUUGAUCUCACUGCUGGAGGUCCUGUCUGGAGACACAUUGCCAAGGGAGCGUGAUUUUCUGAAGACAUUGCGGUUGGUGAGUGGGACAGAAGCAUGUGCGGUUGAGCAGCAUGGAGACACAGUGGAUGAUGAUAAGGGGCCUCGAGAAAGAGGGAGGAUGCGCUUCCACAGACUUCAGAAUGUACAGAUAGCACUGGACUAUUUAAAGAGGCGGCAGGUCAAACUUGUAAAUAUCAGGAAUGACGACAUCACAGACGGGAACCCAAAACUCACCCUGGGAUUGAUCUGGACCAUAAUACUGCACUUUCAGAUCUCGGAGAUCCAUGUGACAGGAGAAUCCGAGGACAUGACGGCCAAGGAGAGGCUGCUGCUCUGGUCGAAGCAGAUGACAGAGGGCUAUGUGGGCGUAAGAUGUGACAACUUCACAACCUCCUGGAGGGACGGGAGGCUGUUUAAUGCCAUCAUUCAUAAAUAUAGGCCAGACCUGGUUGAUAUGAGCCGUGUGUCAAUACAGACAAACCGAUCAAAUUUAGAGCAUGCAUUUGGUGUAGCAGAACAGCUUGGGGUGGCCAGAUUGCUGGACCCCGAGGAUGUUGACGUUCAGUCUCCAGAUGAAAAGUCAGUCAUCACAUACGUCUCAACACUGUACGAUGCCUUCCCCAAAGUACCCGAUGGUGUUGACGGAAUCAGCCCCAAUGAUGUGGAUAUCAAAUGGGUGGAGUACCAGAACAUGAUCAAAUACCUCAGCCAGUGGAUCAAACACAACGUGGCCAUAAUGUCAGAUAGAGCAUUCCCAAACAACCCUGUUGAACUUAAGGCACUUUAUUCACAGUAUCUUCAAUUUAAAGAACAUGAAAUCCCACUUAAAGAGAACGAGAAGACAAAAAUCAAAAAUCUGUACACAAUGCUCGAGGCGUGGAUCGAGUUUGGACGUAUCCAGUUACCGCCGGGUCAUCACCCUAAUGAUGUGGAGAAGGAAUGGGGGAAGUUAAUUGUUGCGAUGCUUGAAAGAGAGAAGAGCCUGCGGCCAGAGUUGGAAAGGCUUGAGAUGUUGCAGCAGAUCGCCAAUAGGGUCCAGAGGGACUGUGUUAACGGAGAAAGCAAGUUGGCAUUGGCUCAAACAGCAUUACAGUCUGAUGCAAAGAGGCUUGAGUCUGGUAUCCAGUUCCUGAAUGAAGCUGAGAUCGCUGGCUACCUUUUGGAAUGUGAAAAUAUCCUCAGACAACAAGUCGUCGACAUCCAAAUUCUUCUGGAUGGAAAAUUCCCUUUUGCAGAUCAACUCGUCCAAAGGGUAUCAAAGCUCCGGGAUGACCUUCUGGCCCUCAGAGCCGAGUGUUCUUCUGUGUACAGCAAAGGCCGCACCUUAACAACAGAACAAACAAAAAUGAUGAUCUCAGGCAUCACGCAAAGCUUGAACUCCGGCUUCUCGCAAAACAUCAGCACAGGCCUGACACCAGCUCUCACUCCUGCAAUCACCCCAGGGGGAUUAGGGACUCCCGGGUCCACAUUCACCUCUAGCCUUACGCCGUGCCUCACCCCAUCCUUGACCCCUGCCUUGACCCCGGGUCUACAGUCUUCCUCUGUCCAGGCCUACAUGGGGAGUGGUGGAAGUAUAGAUGCAGGCAGCUUCAGGAAUGCCAAACAGAUGCAGAUCCGCAAGCCUUUACUGAAAUCCUCACUGGCAGACCCCAGCAUGACAGAGGAAGAAGUCAACAUGAAAUAUGUUCAGGACCUGUUGAACUGGGUGGAAGAGAUGCAACUGCAGUUGGAUCGUUCAGAGUGGGGGUCUGACUUGCCAAGUGUAGAAACGCAUUUAGACAACCACAAAAGUGUACAUAGAGCCAUCGAAGAGUUUCAAAUGAGUCUUAAGGAAGCAAAACUUAGCGAGAUUCAGAUGACCUUACCGCUGAAAAUGACUUAUUCAGAGAAACAAAACAGACUAGAAAAGCAGUACGACAGACUAUUGAGCUGCUCCAGAGAUCGCCAGAGUCACCUCGAAAGUCUGCACGAUUUUGUCUCGCAAGCAACUCAGGAGCUAAUCUGGCUGAACGAGAAAGAAGAAGAGGAGGUCGCUUUUGACUGGAGUGAUCGCAACAGCCAUAUCUCCAAGAAAAGGGACUACCAUGCUGAUCUAAUGAGGGAGCUGGAAGAAAAGGAGGUGGUGAUCAAGUCGGUGCAGGACAAGGCAGAACGUCUUCUGCUCAAGAACCACCCCGCCCGAUUAACGAUUGAAGCAUACAAAGCUGCCAUGCAGACUCAGUGGAGCUGGAUUCUGCAGCUCUGCUCCUGCGUGGAGAAACAUUUGAAGGAAAAUGCUGUUUACUUUGAGUUUUUCAGUGACGCCAAAGAGUCUGUGGACUACCUUAAGGGUCUGCAAGAUGCCAUUCAAAGAAAAUACAGCUGUGAUAGAUCAAGCAGCCUUCACAGACUAGAAGAUCUCAUUCAGGAGUCUAUGGAUGAGAAAGAGCAGCUCCUUCAGUACCGCAGUACUGUAGCAGGGCUGGUGGGCAGGGCUAAAAAUAUAGUCCAGCUCAAGCCCAGAAACCCUGACAGCUCUAUGAGAUCCUCCAUCCCUGUGAAAGCCAUCUGUGAUUACCGGCAAAUAGAGAUCACCAUAUAUAAGGAUGAUGAGUGCGUACUGGCCAGUAACUCUCACCGGGCCAAGUGGAAAGUCAUCAACCCAGCAGGGAACGAGGCCAUGGUGCCCUCUGUGUGUUUCACUGUACCGCCACCCAACAAAGAAGCAGUCGAUAUGGCCACAAAGACUGAGCAGUUGUACCAGAACGUCCUGGCUCUGUGGCAUCACUCCCACAUCAACAUGAGGAGUGUGGUGUCCUGGCAUCAUCUCAUGGCCGAUAUACGAGCCAUCCACAACUGGAAUGUGGCCUCGAUAAAGACCAUGUUACCAGGAGAGCAUCAGCAGGUGUUGAACAACCUACAGUCCCACUUCGAUGAGUUCCUGGAAGACAGUAAAGAGUCAGAGGUGUUCACGGUAGCGGAUUGCACCCAGUUAGAACGAGACGUCACAGCCUGUAAAGAAUACUAUGAGGAACUACUCAGAUCUGCAGAAAGAGAGGAACACGAGGAGUCGGUAUACAAUCAUUACAUCUCAGAAAUUCGCAACUUCCGAAUGCAUUUGGAAGCUCAUGAGGAACACCUAAUCCGACAAAUCCGUACACCUCUGGAGAGAGACGAUCUGGAGCAGAGUCUACAGCGGAUAGCAGAGCAUGAGAAGAAGACAGCUGAGAUGAAUAAACUGAAGGAAGACCUGGAUGUGAUGAAGGACAAGUGCGAACUGUUCCUCAGACAAGCUACAGGUUCAUCUGUCCCGACCCUGUCCUCAGAACUUACUGUCCUUGUCCAGAGCAUGAAUCAAGUGUACUCCAUGUCCUCCAUCUACAUGGACAAACUAAAAACAGUGAGUUUAGUGGUGAAGCACAGCCAGAGUGCAGAGGCCCUGGUUAAGGCCUACGAGUCCAAACUGUAUGAGGAAGAUGCAAUGAACUCUGACCUCAAGUCCAUUGAAGAAGUCAUUUCUACGCUUAAGCAAUGGCGGACAGAGAUCGAUGAGAAGCAGGAGGUGUUCCACGAUAUGGAGGAUGAGUUGCAGAAAGCACGAGUCAUCAGCGACCGCAUGUUUAAAGCCCAUAAUGAGCGGGACUUUGACCUAGACUGGCACAAAGAGAAAGCUGACCAGCUGAGUGAAAGAUGGCAUAACAUUCACUCCCAGAUUGACAGCAGACUUCGGGAUUUGGAUGGUAUCAGCAAAUCUCUAAAACACUACAGAGACUCUUAUAGCAGCCUUGAUGAAUGGGUCAGAGAAAUAGAAACUGCACAACUGAAGACCCAAGAAAACAAACCUGAAGACAGCAAAGCACUCGCUGAGCUGUUAAACAAACAGAAGGUCCUCGUUGCUGAAAUCGAACAAAAACAGAGCAGAAUUGAUGAGUGUCAGAAAUACUCAGAGCAGUACUCAUCUGCUAUAAAGGAUUAUGAGCUUCAGUUGAUGACCUUCAGAGCCAUGGUUGACUCCCAACACAAAUCUCCUCUAAAGAAGCGGAGGAUGCAGAGCUCUUCCGAUGCCAUCCAACAGGAGUUUAUGGACCUCCGAACACGCUACACUGCACUUGUGACUCUCAUGACACAGUACGUGAAGUUUGCCAGUGAAACAUUAAAGAGAACAGAAGACGAGGAGAGAUCUGUUGAUGAGGAGAAGCGAGAACAUGGUGAUAAAGUUAGCAAACUAUUGCACUGGAUGUCCAAUGUCAAACAGAGUGUGAACAAUGAUGGAAAUACUCUGAAAGAUAGUAAUGCCAACACAGACGCCUCUAAUAAGCCCAGGUAAUGAUAUGUGUCAGUCGAGGAAAUGGUCACUAAAAAGGAACAGGUUGCAGAAGCACUGAGGGCCACGCAAACAAUGCUGAACAAACACAGUGAGAAAAUGACAGAAGAGGAGCGGGAACAGGCCCAGGAGCAGCUGAAGGCGCUAAAUCAGGCGUACAAUGAACUUUCCCAGCACUGCUCAGAACAGACAACCUCUGCCGAAGAGUGGAUUAGAACUGGGACCGUGGAUGUCCUGAAUGAUCCAGCAACUGGUUUCACUUACCCAGAGUUCCAACCCAUGACCUCUGACCUUUCUGACUCAGUUCUACGUGUGUAUUUGGACGAGGAUUAUGAUGAUGAUGAUGAUGAUGACCAGGAUCCUAAACAAGACCCCCUGUAUAAAUCUGCACUGAAUAUACAGCCAGAGCUGACUGAUGCGAGCAAGUGCAUUGAGAGUUCUCACGUCUCCUCGGUUCCUCUCCCCGAAAUCGCAGAAGCUAUGAGGGACUCCAUGAGUGAAGACCUAGUCAUUAAGGCAAUAGAGGUUAAAGAAGUCAGUGAUGGAUUGAAGGUGUGUUACACAGGGGACACACUGACCCUUCAGAGGGCAUUUGAGUGCGGUUUAAUCCCUGCGUCUGUCUACGUAAAGGUUUUACAGAAACAAAAGACCUGUCAGGAUUUGAUAAAUAAUGGUGCUGCUGAAAAUGUCCCUGUUCAGGACGCCGAACCGUGUGAGGUUAACAGACUGAUAUUAAAGUGCCUUCAAAGGAAUAAAUCACCGACAUCAGGCAGGGAUUUUCAUAUUCUGAAGUCUGUGUGCGAAGGUGUAAGUGAUCAGAAUGUGUCAAGGCUGUUAGCUGCUCAAAUGGUUGGAGGUGACGCCAAAAAAGACCAGGAUUUAAGUCGUGAAGGGGAGCUCCCGAAUAAGGGUGUAUUAAAGGUAGACGCAGCAGUUCAGUGUGAUUUAAUGAGCUCGAGCACCACACUCAUUACACUUGGAAAUCAGCAACACUUUAUGGGACUUGUGUUGCCUCACUCUGGGGAAACUGUAUCCACCUCAUUUCAGUUUGAAAAAGAAAUAAUCACCAAUAGGUUUAGCAGCAGACUUUUCACUAAUCAAGAUAAAAUAGUGGCUUUUUACAUUCCAGAAAGUUCAGAGGUAGUAGACAUCACUUCAGCCAUUGAAAAAGGUUUUAUAGAUAUUUAUACAGCAGAGGUUUUGAAAACUAUAGAAUUUCCAGAUGAGUUUCCUGAUGUCGAUAAACUUAAUGAAGAGUUUUCAUCUUGGCUUACAUAUAUAAAACUCAUAGCUGACGGAUGCCAGAAUGCUGCAGAUGGUUUACAAAUCAAAAACCCUUCUCCCGCAGAGGCUAAGCAGCUAUUCAUCUCGUAUCUAAUGACGAACAGUUACAUCGAACCAAAGUCAGGACAGAGGGUUUUAAUACUGGAUCGACAGAUGACAAACAUGAUAAAAGUUUUCCUGGAGAAUUCAACAUUUUUGGAAAGCAUUAAAAGCGAUUUGAAUUCGUUAACAUUAGACAUCGGUUAUAUUUCUGAAGAGGUAUAUUUAGAAAUCAAUGAGGAUCCAGAAGAGUCGAUGGAAAACGAGUCACAGUCGUUUGAUUCCGAGGAGUUUGUUUCUUCUGCAAAUGGAAAAAUCACCUUUAAUGAAAAAACAUAUGUAAAUGACAGCUAUCUUUAUAAAAAUCCUGACGAGGGAUGUUUUAAAGAUGAUGACAUGGUAAUGGACGUAACAGAUCCUGUUAUGGCUGAAACAGGCGUCUUUCAAAGGAGCACAAAUGGCACAAACUCAGCUGAAUCUAUGGAGAGAACUAGUUUGCAGAUUGAGACUAGAAAUACUGCAGGUUGUGAUAAUUUCCAAAGUUUUCAACAAAUCUCAGUAUGUUCUGUGAAUGGUGCAAGCGCUGGCUCACCUUCAAGGAUGAUUGACUCUUAUUCAGUACAAAACAUCCAUCAGACAUCACCCUCUCUAAAUGCUGAUUCACUGUGCAGUGAAUCAAGAAGUAUUGAUAUCAGCCCCACUGAGUUUUUAUGUUCUGAGGACAGUCAGGAGUGGGAAAGUGAGAGAGAAAAUGGCAUUUUUCUUUUGAAAGCACAAGAUGAAGAAAGAUGCAUUUUGGAUGUGACCACUGGUAGAAGUUAUGACCUUCAAACAGCUCUGAGUGGAGGCCUAUUAGAGGAACAGACCGUCCUGGAGCUGCUGCAGUUGGAUGAAAAAAUAGAUGUCAUAUCAGAUGAGGAAAGCAUAUUAUCUUUUCCAAAAGAGAGAUCCAUUUUGUCUAAAGCUGAUUUUGAUGUAAUGGAACAGCAGAGUUUGUCGACGUCCGGCUGUACACUCAGGAUCAGUCAGUCGGGAUUAGUCAGUGAUGAAUGCACUGAAAAGAUCCUUAACUUUGACCCGAAAGCCGAAGAAAGCUACAUCCACCUCGUCGAUGUUGAUCAGAAUAUGACUUUUAUUGGUAUGAAUGAAACUGAUGUGAUGCAGCAGCCACAGGAGAGGAAGGUUGCAGUCGUGGUGCUUGAUCUGACAGAUGAGGAGGGUGAUAAGAAAGUGGUAGAAAGUGAAAAUGCAGUUGCAGCGGUAGACCGUGAGCCAAGAGGAAAUGCAGCCGUGAUAAGUAAUAAUCUAUAUCCAGCCCCUCCUUCGGGUAGCAGUCAUGAUCCUGGCUGCAAACAGAUGACAUCAGCCUCCGUGAGGAAUCAGGUUACAGCACAGAGUGUUCAUCACGUUGAUAAAUCAUCUUUACCGGCUGAAAACAGUGACUCACAGCCUCUUCUCGAUAGUCAGCUGAUUGAUGAAGCUCGUGUAGCCGGUGUUACAAUAACCGUACAGUCACGUCCGUCAAGUUUGAGCGACAGUGAUCCACAAAACCACUCUGAACAUGUCACUUCUACUCAUCAGUUUUAUUCAACUGACAGCACACCCACUCACAAUGAUGUUUUAAGUGCUGAUUUCCAAAUGAGAUAUCUGACUGUUGUUCAGAGAGAGAGUGAAUUAGACAUGUCGUCAUCAAACGGCUAUGUGUUGUCUGAGUUAACCCGAAAAGGGAAUGACACAAGCGAUGUUACGUCACCUUCGGACUCGGAGCCAAAUCCAAGCACAGAUUGCACAUUGUCUGGAGAUUUGGAUGAAAAUGUAAUUAUGUCAGUUUCCAGGGGUAAUGGUAACAAUGACCAAAACAUUACAGAAGAUGGCAGCAUAAUCACAUUACCUCAGCAUGCAGUAGUUCGUUCAGAAAGUGGUUUUAGUGUUGAGUGUGAGCCCUCACGCUCUCAAAGUGGUCACAGUGAGAGCAAGAAUGAUGAGGAGAAAUUACCUGAAAUGAUUAUAAGUAAUAUCAGUCAACAGAAGAGCCAUCACACUCUGUCUGACACUAGUGUUUCUCCAAAUGAAGUUCAGACUGAGUUAAAGUUCACUUCUGCAGAUAAUGUUGAGUUAAAUACAGGGAUGAUUUCCCCAGGGAGGCAACACAGAGACAUAGUUAAAAUCAGAACAGAUCCUGAUGUAACAAAUGCUCAUAUAGAGAAAAUAAGUAAUCACCAUAAAACAGAUGUACAUGGAAAUGUCUGUCCUGAUCCACAAGAAUCUGAUGUUCUACUGGAUGUAAACAGAUCAGGUGUGUGUUUUUCUGAGCAUCAUCUGUCAGACACUGAUGUUGCCCCAGACGAAAGCAUUGAACCUGAUGUUGAUUCGGUGAAGAAAGAUGGAGAUAAGCAAGGGGGAGUGAUGACAGAGGGGGGUGAUGUCAGGGAUUUACAAGAGGCAAGAACUAAAGAAAAUGAAAGAAGUACUUUCAUGGCUCAGGAUUGUCCACAAAGUGACUCUACCGAUGAACACACACCUCAUGGACCUUUAGAGACCAGUCAUUCGGACUUUGCCAUGGAUUCUCACUGCACUCCGAGUUUGAACAAUCAGGAAAUUAUAGGAUUUCAGGAGGAAAAGACAGAACAGUCAGAUAGUCCAAAUAUCCAGCUGCAACUGCUGCAGGUUCUUAAGAGUGUCUCCACAAGCCAAGACCUUUCAGUGCUUCAGGAAGUGAUGGAGACCCUGAACAGUGCUCUGGGUGGUGAUUCUCAGGAGGACAGGCGACAUAUGUUGGAGAGCAUCAAGGAGGAGAGCUCAGAAGAAGAGGCUGAGGGGUCGGCAGAGGAUGACAUGGGUCAUUCUACUGCGACCAGUCUUAAAAAAGCUCCUGAGGUCUCCACAAGCCCAGAGGUCUGCAGAGUUCAAAACAAGUUGUUCUCCAUCCAGGAUUACUUGGAGUGUGUUGGAAGACUACAGGAUCACACCGAUGUUUUAGAUGAUGUCAGGAAAGACCUUUUGAACCAGGCACCAACAGUCAGCAGCAUGGAGGAACUGCAGACCCAAAUAGAAGAAUGUCAGACUCUGAAGUCCCAGCUGUCAAGGUUGGCUGAAGUUCUGACAACAGAUAUGAAAAAAGCCAAUCGCCUCUUACACUCUGCUAUUGAUGAUAUACCCGUACAAAUCCGCCAAGAUUUGGCCUCGACGUUCCUGGAGAUAGAACCAAACUUUACUGCUGUUUAUCAGAUGUGUGCAGAAAGGAGUCAUUUACUAAAUGAUGCAAUGGAAGCAGGAAAGGAACAUUUGGAAUCAACGUACCAGAAGCAUCUUAGUGAUCUUGGAGAACUUACAGGCCUCAUGCAGAAUAACUCUGAAAUGCUUGAUGUGGAUCUGAGUACAUGUGAUGUGGAUGAACUGAAACGUUUGAUUCAGCAGAACAAGGACACAGAGAGCAAUCUAGUGAAGGACGGCAGGCUCAAGUUAGAGGAUGUCACAUUUGAUAUCCAGUGUUUUAUUUCAGAAAACACUCAGUUCUUGAGUCCAGCUAAGAGCAGCUACCUCCUCAAAUCCCUCAGCUCCACUCAGCGAGCGUUCAGGGACCAGAUGGAAAGACUCGCCACCCAGAGAACCUCCUUAGACGCCUUACUGGAAACCAGAGAGAGGGAGGAGAAGGAGAAGUCCCUAUUGGAAAAACACAAGGAAUUCGCAGACAAAUUGGAGGAAGUGUGCGAUAAUCUCACACUCACAGAAAACCGUCUGAUUGGUCAUCAACAACAGGCCGAAAACGCAGAGUGUGUCUCAGAUCUGCAGCAGUACCAGCAAGAACAUCAGGCUCUGCAAAAGGACGUAUUGACAAACGCCAGUGCCUUGAAUGAGGUCAUCACCAGUACUAAAAAGUUUCUGGAGGAAAACCGGAGCAAGCUAAUGCCAGAUCAAAUUGCCAUCAUUGAAAGCAAGUUGGAAGAGGCUAAAAGCAAAGCAAAGCUCAUCAACCAACGAGCUGAGGAGUCCAGGAAAGACUUGGAGAAGGUUGUUACCACAGCCAUAAAACAGGAGAGUGAAAAGGCGGCAGCUGUUGAGCAGCUUGAAGAAAGCAAGAAUAAAAUCGAAGGUCUCCUGGACUGGAUAUCCAACAUAGGAAAUGAAAAAGAGAGCGGUCUUGAUGAAACUGACCAUAUAAGCAAAGAAAAUGGCAACUUGCCAGAAGAAACUUCAUCCAAGGGACUGAUAGGCGAGGAUGAUGCCAAUGGAAAUGCAUUACAGAACAGUGAAAAUGACUGUAGUGGUGAGAGCAGCGGGAAGAACAACGCCUCCCUGGACCUGGAUAAGCAGUACGACAGGGUCAAGGCUCGUCAUCAGGAGAUUUUAUCCCAGCAGCAGGAUCUGAUCAUGGCCACUCAGUCAGCCCAGGCUCUGUUGGACAAACAAGCCGAUGUGUUGUCACCAGAGGAGAAGGAAAGGCUGCAGAAGAACAUCCAGGAGCUGAAGGGCCGAUACGAUGCCUCUCUGACGCAGGCUGAACAGCAGAUGAAGCAGGUGCAGUGUGUCCAGGAGGAGCUGAAGAAGUUCCAGGACGACUGUAAGGAGUUCGAGAGCUGGUUGGACCAGGCUGAAGGUGACAUGGAGGAUCUGGAGGCUCCUGCAGGCUCCCUCAGUGUCCUCAAUGAUAAACUUCAACACCAGAAGAGCUUCUCAGAGGAUGUGAUUUCCCAUAAAGGAGAUCUUCGCUUCAUCACUAUUUCAGGACAGAAGGUGCUGGAUGUGGCUAAAGCCUGUGGAUUGGCUGAUCCUGUGGGUCUAAACACUCCUCUGCAGGUGGAUACUUCAGGAACAUGUUCUGCUGUCAAAGAUAAGCUGGACUCUGCAGCAAGUCGCUACAAAACUCUGCACUCACAGUGCAACCAACUUGGCAACAACCUCAAAGAUGUUGUCGACAAAUACAAGAAGUACGAUGACACCAGCGCUGGUCUUCUGAAGUGGCUGAACAGCUCAGAAGAGGAGGCAAGAAAACAGCAAUCGGAGGCCAUUGCAGCUGAUCCACAAACACUACAGAAACAGCUGGAGGAUACCAAGGCCUUACAGAAUCAGAUGACUGGACAUCAAACUGCUAUUGACACCCUACGCAAGACAGCUGAGUCUUUGAUAACAUCUGAAGGAGACCUGCUGAGCAACCCAGAUGAGAUCCAAGAGACAGUAGAUGACAUAGUGGAACGGUACGACAACGUCUCCAAGUCUGUAAGCGAUCGAAAUGAGAAACUGCAGAUCACGCUGACUCGCUCUAUGAGUGUCCAGGACGGUUUGGAUGAGAUGAUAGGAUGGAUGGAUAAAGUGGAGGCCAGCGUGAAGGAGAAGGGACAAAUACCUCUAGACUCUGCAUCGAUUGGAGACGCCCUUAGCAAAGAAGCAGCCUUGGAGCAGGACAUUGCAAGUCGCCAGAGCAGCAUUUCCGCCAUGAAAGCCAAAGUGAAGAAGUUCGUGGAGACGGCCGAUCCCUCUGCUGCUGCUCUUCUUCAGUCGAAGAUGGAUGCUCUCUCCCAGCGUUUCUCUGACACCUGCGACAAACACAAAGAAAAAGUAUCCCAACUGGAGCAGCUGAAAGAAAAGGUGGAUGAGUUUGAGAAGGUAGCAGAUAAAGUCCAACAGUUUGUUAUGAAGCGCUCGCAAGAUCUGCACGAAACCGACGGGCCUGGGAAGACUUUCAAUGAACUGUCGGAGCUAAUGCAGAACACUAAAGCGGAGAUGGCCGAACAUGCCGGUGAUCUGGAGAAGCUGCAGAGCCUGUCCAAGGAGCUGAGUGAAAUGAAUCCAGAUGGAAACAAAACCCAGAUCCAGAGCAAGAUGGAUAAUAUUUCCAAUAUCUUCAGCACAUUCAAAGACACUGUCAAGGAAAAGGAAGAGGAGGUCUCAUCCUGUCAGGACCAGUUGGGAGAGUUCAGGUCUUCAGCCAAUGUCCUCACCAAGUGGCUGGAGGACACAAAUGGGAAAGUACCUGCAGUUCAGCCCAGCAGCGGUGAGAAGAGUCUGGAGAAGGACCUGCAAAAUGUCACUGCUUUAUUGGAUGAAUGGACAUCCAAAGGCCCUGCUGUCCAAGACCUGAACAAUAAAGGAUCAGCACUGUGCAGCCUCAUCACUUUCCUCACAUCACCCGCCAAGACAAAGACCCCUAACAAGUCAGUUCUUACUAAUGGUGGUGGUCCGGCGAGCCAUUCCUACCUAACCAAUAAAGAGCUGAUGGUAAUUCAGCAGAACAUGUCAUUUGUCAACGAGGGAUACGCGAGUCUCGGGGAAACCCUCAAGAGUCGAACGGCUGAGCUCAGUAGUUUGUUGCAGGAGGUAAAAGAGGCUCAAAAGGAGACAGGUGAAAUGAUGGCCUGGCUUAAGGACAUGAAGAAAACUGCAGCCUCCUGGAACAGUGCAGCCACAGAGAAAGACGCAGUGAAAACACAGCUUGAACAGCAGAAGGCAUUUGAAGAAAACAUGAAGCAAAAGCAAGAACCGCUCCAAAAGCUCAGAGAGAAGCUUCUACAUUUGAUAAAAACUCAUCCAGACUCUCCCGAAGCAGCAAAGUGGAAGCAGAUGCUGGCAGAAAUAGAUGCCGCUUGGGCAGAUGUCAGUGGCUCAGUAGAGGAGAGGAAGCAGCACCUGGAGGAGUCCAACAAGAACCUGGACAUCUUCCAGACUACUGAGCUGCAGCUCCGGCAGUGGCUUUCAGAAAAAGAGCUGAUGAUGAGUGUUCUUGGGCCUCUUUCAAUUGACCCCAACAUGCUUAAAAUGCAGAAACAACAAGUUCAGAUCCUCCAGAAUGAAUUUAAAAGCCGUAAACCUCAAUAUGAGCAACUUGAGGAAGCUGCCUCUGCCAUUCUCAGCUCCUCUACCAACCAGGAUCCAUCAAGUGGGAAACUGGUGAAGGAGCAGCUCACAGAUGUCACCCAGAAGUGGCAGGGUCUUACAGGACAGCUGGACCAGCGCGAUGGUCUGAUUGACCAGGCAGCGGUGAAGACAGGCCAGUUUCAGGAGUUACUGAGGAGCCUCAGUAACACUGCCACUCAGCUGGAGAAUCAGCUCACCAACCACCAGGGCCAAAGCACCCAGCCUGAUGCUGUGAAGAAGCAACUGGAGAAUGUGCAGAACAUCUCAGCUCAGCUCAGGGAAGAGAGGAAGAAGCUGAAAGAGGCUGAGACCAUCAACGCUGAACUCACGGCAAUGGUGACUGAGGACUAUCUCAAAGCAGACUUGGCAAGGCAGCUGGAGAGUGUCAGCAAGCCCUUCAAACAACUGGAAGAAAGAGCAGCCAAACGUAUUGAGCAGCUGAACUCGACCUUUGCCAGCUCGCAGCAGUUUCAUCAGACCUCCAAAGACUUCCAGUCAUGGCUGGGUGAGAAGCUCAAGGACCAGUCUAAGCCCCAGUCCAUCUCUGCCAAAGCAGACAUCCUGCAGCAAACACUGGAGGAGCACAGCAAGCUCCAGAAAGCUCUUAGUGAACGUGAGGAGGUUUACAGCACUAUCACUGGAGAAGGGGAGAUGCUGUUGCAGAACAUUGAUGGUGCAGAGAAGUUAGCACUGCAGGGGCAGCUGAACACCCUUUCCUCAAACUGGGAAGAAGUGAAGAAGAGCUCUUCCGAACAGGCUGACAAACUCCAAACUGCCCUGCAGAGAUCUCAGAAGUACCAGGAGCAUGCAGAGAAGCUCAGCUCUUGGAUUCAGGAGUGUGAAACUAGUGAAGGCAGAGUCAAGCUCACUGUUGAUCCUGUUGCUGUGGAGAGCUCCAUUUCUCAGGUGAAAGCUCUUCAAAAGGAUGUGGACAAGCACCGAGCGAUGGUGGAGCAGCUGAACACGGCUGCAGAUAGCCUUCUGGAGGUGGCCAACACGGACACUGAAGCUGUCCAAGAGGAGAGGGCUAGUAUCGGCAGAAGAGUCGACAACGUGAUGGAGAUGCUGCAGAACAAGCGGGAAUCUUUGGAGAAGAUUUCACACACAAUUAAGGAAUUUAACGACACCUAUAAAGACGCUAAAGGGCAUCUUGAAGGAGCAAAGAAGCAGGUUGAUUCAUACGAAGCACAGGGAGUCCAGGCCCACAGCAAUAAGAACCUGACUAACAUGAAAGCCCAACAUAAGAGCUUAGAGGGAGUGCAGAACCAAGUGGAACACCUGAAGACCCUGGCCAAGGACCUGGUAGUAGAUGUCCCAGAUGCUGAUGGAGUGACAGACCUUUUACUGCAAGCUGACAGUGUAGAAAAAGACUACACCACCCUUAACCAGAAGCUAGAGGACACGUGUCAAAACCUGGAGGGUAAACUGCAGGGUAUUGGGCAGUUCCAAAACAGCAUCCGUGAGAUGUUCGCCAGAUUCACAGAUCUGGAUGAUGAGUUGGACAGCAUGGCUCCAGUAGACCUCGACUUGGCUACUCUCAAAGAACAGCAGGACAGCAUUCAGAGCUUUAUUACUAAGCUGCAAGAACUAAUGGCCAACACAGCCAAUGCCGGGGACAGCUGUAAAAAGAUGCUAGAGACUGAAGACUCCCCUGAUCUGAUUGGCCUGAAGAGAGAUUUGGAUGCUCUGAGUAAACAAUGUGGGAAACUGUUGGACAGAGCCAAAAGCAGGGAGGUGCAGGUGCAAAGUACUCUCCAGAAAAUAGAGGAGCUGUAUGGCAAACUCCAGCAUGUGGAAGACAAACUUUGCAAAGCUGUGGAGAAGGAGGCGUCCCAGGAGGCGGUUGGCAUGGAGACGGAUGUCAUCAACCAGCAGCUGGAGGCCUUUAAGGCUUUCCAGAAAGAGGAGAUUGAUCCGUUGCAGGCACAGCUUCAGGACAUCAACUCCCUGGGCCAGGGGCUGAUCCAGAACGCAGCCAAAGGCACCAGCACUACGAAGCUGGAGGACGACCUGGAGGAUGCCAACACAAAAUGGAAUACCCUCAAUAAAAAGAUCGCUGAGCGCUCGGCCCAGCUGCACGAAGCCCUGUUGCAUUGUGGGAGGUUCCAGGAUGCUCUGGAGUCACUGCUCAGCUGGUUGACUGACACAGAGGAACUGGUGGCCAAUCAGAAACCACCGUCUGCAGAGUUCAAAGUGGUGAAAGCGCAGAUACAAGAGCAGAAACUCUUACAGAGACUGCUGGAUGACCGUAAGCCAACAGUAGAGCUGAUAAAAAAAGAGGGAGGGAAGCUUGCAGAACUGGCAGAGUCUGUGGACAAGGAGAAGGUUGCAAAAGAAAUUGAGUGCCUGGGGCAGAGGUGGGACAGUCUGCUCAAAAAGGCUGAAAACAGGCACAAGCAGCUAGAGAGCAUCUUAGUGGUCACUCAGCAGUUCCAUGAGACUUUGGAGCCCCUCAGCGAAUGGCUCGCUGCCACAGAGAAACAUCUCACCAACUCUGAACCCAUCGGCACUGAAACAUCUAAGCUGGAGGAGCAGAUAACUCAGCAUAAGGCCUUAGAGGAAGAGAUUAUGAACCACAGUAAAGAUCUGUUUCAGGCUGUCAGUCUGGGUCAGAUGCUCAAAGCUGUGAGUUCAGUGGACGAUAAGGAGUUUGUUCAGUCCAAACUGGACGGCGUCCAGGCUGGUUACAUAGAGCUGCAGGAGCGCUGCAGGAGGAAAGCUGAGGUGCUGCAGCAAGCUCAGGCAAACGCCCAGCUCUUUGGAGAGGACGAAGUGGCCCUCAUGAACUGGCUCAAUGAGGUGCACACGACGCUGAGUGAAGUGUCUGUGGACGACUACAAAAUAGACGUUCUCGAAAAACAACUGGCAGAUCAACGGGCCCUGCAAAGUGAUAUUGAACUGAGGAAGAAGAACGUUGACCAAGCAGUCUCUAAUGGAAUGGAGCUUCUGAAACAAACAACAGGUGAUGAGGUGGUUGUUAUCCAAGGAAAACUGGACGGGAUUAAAACAAAGUAUGCUGAGAUCAACUCUAUGAGUGACAGUGUUUUGAAGACUUUGGAAAAGGUUUUGAGCCUCUCCACUAAGCUGCAGAAUACCCAUGAGGAUUUGAGCACCUGGCUUGAGAAAGUAGAAACUGAGAUCAGUGCUUUUGCUGAUCAGGAGCCAGUCGGAGAGCAGCUCAUUCAUGCACAAAGCAGGCAAAAGGCUCUGUUGAAAGAGACCAAAGACCAAAAACCUGUGAUGGACAAGCUGAAUGAGCUGAGCAGUUCCCUCCUAGAUCUGAUCCCCUGGCACACUCGUGAAGGUCUGGAUAAGCUGGUGACUGAGGAUAAUGAACGGUUCAGAGCCGUGUGUGAAACCGUCACUCAGCAGGUCGACCAGAUCAAUGCAGACAUCCUCAAGUCACAGCAGUUUGAACAAGCAGCAGAUACUGAACUGGCCUGGUUGACUGAAGCUGAGGCGAAGCUGCUGUCGAUGGAUGAGAUCAGACUGGAGCAGGACCAGACCACAGCCCAGCUCCAGGCCCAGAAGCUCUUCUCUAUGGACAUCAUGAGGCAUAAAGAUGCUGUGGAUGACAUUGUGAAAACAGGAAAGGCUAUAAUGAACAGCAAAAACCCAGAAGAGAAAGAACUGUUAAAGGCCAAGACACAAACUCUUCUGGAGAAAUAUGGCGUCGUCAGUCAGCUGAACUCAGAGCGCUGCUUACAACUGGAGCGAGCCCAGUCUCUGGCCAGUCAGUUCUGGGAAACCUACGAAGAAAUGUGGCCGUGGCUUCAGGAAACACUAAACACCUUCAGCCAGCUGCCGCCACCCGCCAUCGAGUAUGAAACACUCAGGCAGCAGCAAGAGGAACUCAGACAAAUGCGAGAGCUGAUCGCCGAACACAAGCCACACAUUGACAAGAUGAAUAAGACGGGUCCACAGCUGCUAGAACUGAGCCCAGUGGAGGGAGUUCCCAUCAGGGAGAAGUACAUAGCUGCAGACCAGCUUUACACCCAACUCAAGGCUGAUGUCAAGCAGAGAGCCGCCACUCUGGAUGAAGCCAUCUCCAAAUCCACUCAGUUCCAUGAUAAAAUUGACCCCAUGCUGGAAUCUCUUGAACGCAUCGCCGAGCGUCUUCGUCAGCCUCCUUCCAUCUCAGUGGAGUUGGACAAGAUUAAGGAACAGAUCACAGAAAACAAAGCCGUCUCCAUGGACUUGGAGAAGCUGCAGCCUUCUUAUGAGACACUGAAGCAGAGAGGAGAGGAAAUGAUCGCCCGGUCUGAAGGUGCUGACAAGGAUAUAUCUGCCAAAGCUGUACAAGACAAACUGGACCAGAUGGUCUUCAUCUGGAACGACAUCCAGGCCUUGGUGGAGGAGCGGGAGGCGAAGCUGCUGGAUGUGAUGGACCUGGCCGACAAGUUCUGGUGCGACCACUGCGCCCUCAUCGUCACCAUCAAAGACAGCCAGGACCUGCUGAAGGAGCUGGAGGAGGCCGGAGUCGACCCCUCAGUCGUCAAACAGCAGCAGGAGUUUGUGGAGGGGUUUAAAGAGGAGAUCGAUGGGCUGCAGGAGGAGCUCGAUUCGGUUCAAAACCAGGGUGCAGAGCUCAUGGCUGCCUGUGGAGAGCCUGAUAAACCUGUGAUAAAGAAAAGCCUUGAUGAAGUGAACUCAGCGUGGGAAAACCUCAACAAGACAUGGAAGGAGAGAGUUGAGACUCUGGAAGAAGCCAUGCAGGCAGCUGUGCAGUUUCAGGACGGUCUACAGGGUAUGUUCGACUGGGUGGAUAUUCUGGAGAACAAACUGGAUUCAAUGUCACCUGUAGGCACAGACUUGGAAACUGUCAAGCAGCAGAUUGUGGAACUCAAGGAGUACAAAGGAGAGGCCUACCAGCUGCAGAUCGAGAUGGAGCGUCUGAAUCACCAGGCAGGCCUCCUUCUCAAGAAGAGGACCGAUGAGGCCGAUCGCUGCGCCAUCCAGGAACCCAUGUCUGAGCUGAAGAUGCUGUGGGACAACCUGGAUGAGAAGAUCAUAAGCCGACAGCACAAACUGGAAGGAGGCCUUCUGGCUCUGGGUCAGUUCCAACAUGCGCUGGAUGAGCUUCUGGCCUGGAUGAGUCACACAGAGGAGCUACUAAAUGAGCAGAGGAAGGCUGGAGGAGACCCCAAAGCCAUCGAGAUAGAGCUGGCCAAGCACCAUGUUCUCCAGAUCGAUGUGUUGGCUCACAAGUCGACAGUUGAGACGGUGAAUAAAGCCGGUAAUGACCUGGUGGCGUCCAGCGCUGGAGAAGAAGCCUCCGGUCUGCAGAGCAAACUGGAGAACCUGAACCAGCGGUGGAAAACCAUCCAGGAGAAGACCGAGCAGAGGAAACAGCAGCUGGAGAGUGCUUUACUUCAGGCCCAAGGUUUCCAUGGUGAGAUAGAAGAUAUGCAGCAGUGGCUGAAAGACACAGAACGUCAGCUGUUGGCAUCAAAGGCUGUGGGAGGCUUACCAGACACAGCCCGGGAGCAGCUUAACGCCCAUCUGGAGUUGUGUUCUGCCUUUGAGGUGAAAGAGGAGCUGUAUCAGGAGCUGAUCACUAAGGGUCAGCAGCUGCUCACUGUGAUGCCCGAGGGUCCGGACAGCAACACCGAGCAAGACCUCGCAAACCUGAAGGAGAAAUGGGAAGCGGUGCAGACAAAGGUUGCUGAAAGAAAGGUCAAACUGGAAGAAGCCUUGACGACGGCCACUGAUUUCCACAACUCGCUGCAAGAUUUCAUUAACUGGUUGACUCAAGCCGAGCAGACACUCAACAUGGUGUCUCCUGCCUCCCUCAUACUGGAGACCAUCAUGUUUCAGAUUGAUGAACACAAGAUGUUUGUCACAGAGGUGAACUCACAUAGAGACCACAUCAUUGAACUGGACAAGACAGGAACACAUUUGAAGUAUUUCAGCCAGAAGCAGGAUGUGGUCCUGAUCAAGAACCUGCUGCUCAGCGUCCAAGGCCGUUGGGAGAAGUUGGUGCAGAGAUCUGUGGAGCGUGGUCGUCUGCUAGAUGACGCCAGGAAGAGAGCGAAGCAGUUCCAUGAAACUUGGAAUAAACUGAUGGAGUGGUUGGAGGAAUCGGAGAAGAGUCUGGACUCCGAGGUGGAAAUUGCUAAUGAACCAGACAAAAUCAAGAUGCAGCUGGUUCAGCACAAGGAGUUCCAAAAAGCCUUGGGGAGCAAGCACUCAGUGUACGACACCACCACUCGAACAGGCCGCGCCCUGAAAGACAAGACUUCCCUUCAGGAUGAUAAUCAGAAACUGGAUGAUAUGCUGAGUGAGCUGAGGGACAAAUGGGACACUGUUUGUGGCAAGUCAGUCGAGAGACAAAAUAAGCUGGAGGAGGCCUUGCUGUUCUCUGGCCAGUUUACAGACGCUCUGCAGGCUCUCAUUGACUGGCUGUACAGAGUUGAACCACAGCUGGCCGAGGACCAGCCGGUGCACGGAGACAUAGACCUGGUUCUCAACCUGAUAGACAGCCACAAGGUUUUCCAGAAGGAGUUGGGGAAGAGAACAGUGAGUGUUCAGGCACUCAAACGUUCAGCCAAAGAGCUGAUUGAGAGCAGCCACGAUGACUCCUCGUGGGUUAAAGUCCAGAUGCAGGAGCUGAGCACUCGCUGGGAGACGGUGUGCAACCUGUCGGUGUCCAAACAGGCCCGGCUGGAGCAGGCUCUGUGUCAGGCUGAGGAGUUUCACUCCACAGUUCACAUCCUGCUGGAGUGGCUCGCUGAGGCCGAGCAGAGUCUGCGUUUCCAUGGCAGCCUGCCUGAUGAUGAGGAGGCGCUGCAGGCUCUUAUUGAGCAACACAAGGAGUUUAUGAAGAAACUGGAGGAAAAGCGAGUACCUCUAAAUAAAGCAACCACUAUGGGGGAGGCUAUUCUUAGCAUCUGCCAUCCAGACUCUAUCACGACCAUCAAACACUGGAACACCAUCAUUAAGGCCCGGUUUGAAGAGGUGCAAGCUUGGGCCAGGCAGCACCAGCAGAGACUGGCGGCAGCCCUCAGUGAGCUGUUGGCCACUCAGGAGCUGCUGGAGAAUCUGCUGACCUGGCUGCAGUGGGCAGAAACCAACCUCAACGAUAAAGACAAGGAGCCACUGCCACAGGAGAUCGAAGAAGUGAAAAGCCUCAUAGCAGAACAUCAGGCAUUUAUGGAGGAAAUGACCAGGAAGCAACCAGAUGUUGACAAAAUCACAAAAACACACAAAAGGAAGGCAGCCAUGGAGCCCCAGAUUCAAUCUCAGAUCCCCGUGCUUGAAAAAGGAAGAGCUGGAAGAAAACGUUCUCCCACACAAGCAAUGUAUGCGUCAGCGACACAACCUCCCAUUGAAACCAAGAACCCACGGGUCAACCUGCUGGUCACUAAAUGGCAGCAUGUGUGGCUGCUGGCGCUGGACAGGAGGAGGAAACUGAAUGAUGCAUUGGACAGACUGGAGGAGCUGAAGGAAUUCGCCAACUUUGACUUCGAUGUGUGGCGGAAGCGCUACAUGCGUUGGAUGAACCAUAAAAAGUCACGUGUCAUGGAUUUCUUCCGACGCAUCGACAAAGAUCAAGACGGCAAAGUGACCCGGCAGGAGUUUAUAGAGGGCAUCCUGUCCUCCAAAUUCCCCACCAGUCGAUUAGAAAUGAGCGCUGUGGCAGACAUAUUUGACAGAGACGGUGACGGAUACAUCGACUACUAUGAGUUUGUGGCAGCUCUUCAUCCCAAUAAGGACGCAUACAAACCACUAACAGAUGCCGACAAAAUUGAAGAUGAGGUUACACGACAAGUUGCAAAAUGCAAAUGUCCCAAACGAUUCCAAGUGGAGCAGAUCGGUGCCAACAAGUAUCGGUUCUACCUUGGAAACCAGUUUGGUCUGGUUCACUGCUUACAUGACUCCUUAAUCGGCGAUGAGACAAUAGCAAACAGGGAAAAUCAAAAUCUUACCCCUCACCUACACGUUGCAGUUUUGGAAAGCUGUAUUCUGUUUGGAGACUCUCAGCAGCUUCGUCUUGUGCGGAUUCUACGUAGCACUGUGAUGGUCCGGGUGGGAGGGGGCUGGAUGGCCCUGGAUGAGUUCCUGGUGAAGAACGACCCCUGUAGAGUUCAUCACCACGGGAGCAAAAUGUUGCGCUCGGAAUCAAACUCUUCAAUUACUCAGUCUCCUAUAGCUAAAGGCAGGACCAACAUGGAGCUGCGGGAGAAGUUCAUCCUCCCUGAAGGAACCACUCAGGUGAUGGCGAGCUUCCGCUACCGAGGCCGCAGAUCUCGGCCAUCGUCACGGGGAGCGUCUCCGAACAGAUCCACCUCCAGUCAGAGCUGUCCGGUCCCGUCGCACCAAGCUGUGACCAGCACCCCUAAGACUCCCCAACACAUAACCCGCAAUUAUGAUAAGCCAUGGCUUACAAACAGCAAACCCACAACUCCUCUUAAAUCAUCAGACUCCUUUGGGAGCCAGGGUUCAUCCUCAGAGAGUACACCGGUUCAAGGCAGCAAAUUACGUCUUCCUGGAUACUUGUCAGGUAAAGGAUUUCAGUCUGGCGAGGAGGGAACGCUAAUCAGUGCUGCUGUACUAAAGGCUCGAACACAGACAUUAGGUGAAUCGAGGAAAAACUCCAGCCGACCUGGAAGUAAAGCAGGAAGCAGAGGGAGCAGUCGCAGAGGGAGCGACGCCUCUGACUUCGACAUCUCGGAUAUCCAGUCCGUUUGCUCGGACGUGUCUGAGACCCUUGACUCUACCCGACCGACGCCACGCUCCGUAUCUCGCCAACACGGCGGAAAACCCUCCAAAAUCCCCACGCCUCAGAAAAGAACCACUCCCACAAGCAAACUGGCCAAGGGAUCCAAGCGAUAGUCAGUGGCCUUCGAAAGAAACAACCUAGACAUUAGCUGCACCCCAAACAUUUAUCGGACACUGGAGAUACCUAACUUAAAGACUGCAAUUGUGUCGAGUGUUAUUUAAAUUGUUGCGAAGAUGUAAAAUAUUCUGUUGAGAUGCAAUAUGGUUUAAUAUUAUGUGAGAAUGGAUUGUCAAUGGCCUUGUGUAUUUGUUUUUAUGUAUUUUUAUUUUUUGUGAAAAAUGUCAAAUAGUUUUUAUUGUAUUUUAUUUUAUUGAUUCAAAACCUGUGGAGGUUUGAUGAACACUAGAAAACCUGGGAAUGACUACGUUGUACAGUAAACUAACAUUUCUACACACUAAUGAAGGGCAACGCGCAGGAUUAGUGCUCUGAGAGUUACUGAAUGUACUGUAAUUUAUGUAUGCUGAUGUGUGGAGUAGGUGGUGCAUUAAGGUACCAUUUGAGGCACUGCAAUUAUCUAUUUAAGUGCUAUGAUAUACUGCCAACAUGCAUUUAAAAGGGCAAUGCAAUAUAACUACGAUAAACCCCAAAAGCACUGCAGAAACCUUUGAAAACACUAUUUAAGACAAGUAGCAGAAACCUCGUAAUCAUGACGCUUUGAAGUCCCAUUUAUCUGUCAGCGGCUGCAGUCCCUGUUUCGUUUGACCACUUCACAGCAGUGUGUGCAUUGACCUUAAAGAGGUGCCACUUUAUGUAGACAUUCUCUUGUGCAUCCAUUUGUCGAUGUAUGGUUAAUUUCGGUAGAGCUGAAAUUGUUAUUGUAACAUUACUUUGUAAUAAACCUGCUUGCAGAAAGCCACCAUGAA